AAUUAAAAAUAAUCAAUUUCAGAAAAAAAAACCAAAUUUCUAUUGUGUUAAGGUUUACAGUGUGUUAAGGUCCUGUGGUUGAAAGAGUUCAAACAUUUUCUGAUAUGGCCGACUCUACCGGUUUAGACAAAAUACUAAGGCUUAUUGGUGAUUUCGGAAACCGCCAAGUGGUUUCUUUCAUUUCGAUUUUUUUUAUAACAGUCUUCAAUUGUGCUUGUCAUAUGGCAUACGUAUUUACUGCGAUGGAGACAGAGAGUAGAUGUUCAAUACCUGGUUGUGACGAAAAAAAUGCGGAAUUUGUUGCUAAUUACAUUCAUUAUGCUAUACCUUUCGAUGGAUCUGGAAAACUAAGAAAAUGCGAAAUGUAUAACAUCAAGAAUGACACUUAUCAAGCUCACACUUGCUCAGCCGAACAAUUCGAAAGUCAAGAAACAAUUUUUUGUGAAGAGUUCGUCUUCAAACACGAAGGAAACUCUAUUGCAAAGGAGUAUAAUUUGUUGUGCGAAAGUGACGCAUGGAAACUUAGUUUAGUCGGUACCAUAAACACUUUAGGGAUGUUGUCAGGUAUAUGCGUGAGUGGACUUCUAUCAGACAGAUAUGGAAGAAAAGCCAUCCUCAUCUUUGGAAUGGCAUUGGGAGGCUUAGUCGGUGUUUCGAAAACUUUGUCACCAACUUACGAAGUAUUUUGUUUCAUGGAAUUCCUUGAAUCUUUCAUGCAAUCUGGUAGUCACGACAGUAUAUUCAUUUUAGCAAUGGAAUUAGUGAUCCCUGAACAUAGAUUUUUGACUAGCUGCUUGUUUUUCAGUAUUUGUGCCUCUGGGCAAAUGCUUUUGGCCUUGGUGGCAUGGAUGGUCAAAGAUUGGAGGUUGAUCAUAUACAUCCUUUAUGGACCUUGUAUCUUCUUCGUAUUUCUUCAUCCUUUUAUAAUUGAAUCAAUCAGAUGGCAACUGAGUAAGGGAGAUAUAGAUAGAGCGAAGGAUUCACUCAAUAAAAUAGCAAAAUCGAAUAAAAAAACUAUACCAUCGUCUUAUAUUUACUCUUUGCAAAGAAACAUAAUAGAAAAUAGAGAAAAAUGCCAAACGAUUAACUUUACACAAAUGAUCAAAUCAAGGGUUUUAUUCUGGAGGUUAAUAAUUUCCACAUUUUUGUGGAUAUCAUGCGCGCUUUUAUUUUAUGGUUUGAGUUUGAGCUCUGUGACCUUAUCGGGGAACCAUUAUCUGAACUUCUUAUUGGUAUCUUUCAUAGAAAUACCUGCCUACUGGCUGAUGCUUCUGGUUGCAGGAAAAAUGAAAAGAAAAACGCUGCUGAUAGGAUCUUUUUUUCUGACUUCAGGAUCCUGCUUCUUCUCCAUCUUCCUCUAUAGCGCAGGAUUAAUUGUAGAAUCAGCAUGGCUGCUACUUGUUCUGCAUUGUUUUGGUAAGUUUGGGGUUGCCUUUGCUUUCAAUAUGGUUCACAUAAUGAUGUCAGAGAUGUUUCCAACCCCACUCAGACAAACCACGAUAGGGCUGUGUUCCAUGAUUGGUAGGAUAGGUUGCAUGAUAAGUCCACAGAUCUCCCUGAUGGGUCUUCUUUGGGUACCAUUACCAAAAGUUAUAUUCUCGUCAACGGCAGCUCUUGCUGGAAUUCUAGCGUUUCUUUUACCGGAAACUAUUGGUGUUAAGUUACCGGACACCAUAGAAGAGGCUGAAGAGAUUGAGGGACUCAAGACUCCAACAGAUAAUGGCAUUAAGAGUGCAUGUUAA